UGCCUUAUUCUUGUACAGGUCAAAGGUUUGCAAUCGUGAAUUUCACAACAACAUCUUCUGACGGUUGUGGCCAUGUAUUCCACAAUGAAAAACGCUAAAUCGAACAGCCUCUGUGAUAACCGCAAUCUAGUUCACGACCAUCCAAGCAACGGCUUCGUAAAGCGACACAGCACUCCGUUGUUUACAUCGGAUCCGAUCACUAAAAGAUUACUGGAAACAGGGGAUACAAAGAAGGGUUCGAGUUCGCCAAAGCAAAGUAUGACAAAGGAGAAACCCAAUGCUCAAGACAAAGCCCCCGAAUUUGUCAUUCCCAGCAGAACAACGCCACCUCGCAGCGCACGGCUUACGUCUCAGGGAGAAAUAGCUUACUGGAUCAAAAAGACAAACCCAACGGGGUUUUAUGCCGACGUCGUCGAAGAAGCCGAUGGAAAACCUCGAAAACCGGAUUUCAUGCUUCUGGAAAGGAGAAGCAAGACCAGGGAAGAAAUAGAAGCGCUGUACAUUUUGAAAAUAGCCAACUGAAUAGCGAUUCAGUUAAUGCUGCUGCAACAAUAUUAUAUUAUUUAUGUAACAUAAUGAACUUUAAUGAGCUGCAAUGAGACACAUAGCAAAAUCUGGAGGACUCACACAGUUCAAACACAAGGAAAAACAAAAACAAUUCUGACAUUUAUUAGAUUUAGAGUUUUAUGGCAUUUAUACAGAUUUUAUACAAAGUUUUUAAUUGUACAUUGUGGACGGUUGAGUAUGAUGUGUAUAUGGUAAUGUAAUAGAGAUAUACGUUGUGUGCGGAGUGUUGUUUUAUUGCCAUGGAUGCUUUCGUGCUUGUGCUUUUUAAUAUGUAGGAUGCGUGAUGAGUGUUGUUUUAGUGCCAUUGUUGAUCGUGUACUUGUGCUCUUUUUAUUCAAAACAACAUUAAAAUUUC